GAUUACCUAGAAUAAUAACAUCGCCAAUGUCAUUAAAGUGGCCGUAAGCAUGUUUUAGUCUAUUUGGGUCAUCAUCAUAAACAGAGUGAAGUACAUUAGAGGAAGGAAGGCGGCUCAGCAAUACACAAGUCGUGUCAAAACAGGGAGAUUUUACAGCUACCGAAACAACCAGUUGACUUUUGAUAUUAAGCUUGAGCAUUUUACAUUUUCAGUGCUUGUUGGCUGGAAUAGAAAUUCCACCAGAUCCUCUUGUGUAGUUCGUAUUAUUUUCACGUGUAGCUAAUACAUCUAUACCAUUAGGAAUUGAUGCACAGAUCUUUUCAGUGCUGCGAAGCAACCCACCUACAUUACAGGUAAGAAUGUUAAGAGCUUAGAGUUAGGAUUAACAAUGUACAAGUAUUCAUGAUGGCAGUUAGUUCCAUUGCACAGUUAACAAUUUAGGUCAAUAACGAUCGUGAAUACUGCCACCUGUUUCGUCGUUACCUGUGUCAGCAACACAUCUGUUCCAUGGUAUGAAGUCUCUACAUGUUAUGACAGGAGGCCAGAUUGUCUCAUAGUCUGCGGAGCGAUAUUUACUUGCAUGGUGAAGGUCUCAGAUGUGUUGUAAUGGAGUCGGUUUCGAUAGUUUAGCAUAUAUUGCGCGUACAUGCCGUUAGCAACAAUAGUCAAGAUAAAAUUCUUCGUUUCAUCAAAUGUUGGAGAGAAUGAUCAGACUGGUCCGAACACGAAAGACACCCUCCAUUGAAGAUUAAGAUUGAGCCAGAGAUCUUAUAUUCUGCGUGUCCUCUUUCAGCUUUUUGUGGUGUUGCGUUGUGCAUUUAUUGCUUCUGCAUGGGGCGCUGUGUUUCUAAAAGUAGGUCCAUAGUUGUUUUCGAAAUAUAAAUUCUUAAGGUGUUCUCUGUCAGAAAGAUCAACGAUCAUGCUUGAUAGUGUUGACUGAUGCUGUGAUGUGUUGCUGCUAAAGUUCCUUUAAUAUGUCGUCUACCUUGUCCAGUUGCAUGAAAGGGGAUCCUACCGUAUGCACUGGCAUUACUUGUGUUUCUAAUCUGUGUGUGAUUAACACUGUCUCGCCAGGAAUCCUUGGAGAAUUAUUUUUUUAUUUCCAUGGAAGCAGAAAUGCCUUCUGUCUGUAAUGUCUGGGAGGUGUUUGGCUGGUUAAAUGUAUUUGUGACAAAGUGUCACGUGUGGUAUUGGCGUGACUAAGUUAGUUCUUAAGCCUUAGUUCUAGGCACACGGAGUGCCAACAUUUGCACAAGGUGCUGAUUAGGAUUCUUUCUGAGCCUUAAAGGUUCAACGUCUUAAACUCAGAAGCGAGCGAUGAAGUGUCAAACGCUGCAGUAAGUAAUAUGGAACAGUGGUCUGUAAGUAAUCGAAACACGUUCAGACAGCUUAUUGACUGAAAGCAUGGACAACGAUGUCUACGCCAUCGGCACGAUGACCCACAGUAGGCCAACCCACCCAGCCGUGCCUCACCACGUUCUUCAGUCGACUCUGACGACAGGUGUGGAAUAACCAGUCUCAAUCAUCUGACCAUUCCACUGGGUGUACUGUAUGAUCAAAUAUGGUGUGGCUUGGGGGUGUUUUUUCUCAGGACAAAAACAUGAAAGCAGUGAUAUAUUCUUGCUCGCUGAAAAGUAGUUGUAGAUAGUAGGCAAAAGGCUUUGUGAAUUGUUACGUCUGCACUAAUGGACCACCCGUGACCAAACGUAUCAUGGUGGAUUAGAUGAUCAAAUCAUAUUUGCAGCAACACUAAAACGUAAUUUAACACUAGAUAAUUAUCCAGUCUUCUGAUAUUAUUCCAUUCGUAUUUCUAUGUGGUGGCACAUUGUCCCGUGCACAGAGGAAUGGUCGCAAAUCAGGUCCAGCAACGGUGGCGGAAGAUGGUGGCUAUUCUUCUUAAAUUUCUUGGACAACGGUCCUGCCUCACACAGAAUCACUGGAUAAGAACAGUUCAAUGGCUCCUUGCACAGGUGGAAUUGGACAUCGGUCCUGCCUCACACAGAAUCACUGGAUAAGAACAGUUCAAUGGCUCCUUGCACAGGUGGAAUUGGACAUCGGUCCUGCCUCACACAGAAUCACCGGAUAGAAACAGUUAGCUGGCUCCUCGCACAGGUGGUAUUGGACAUUGCAAUGUGCCUAGUAUGUUUAUCCGGCAUCGAAUUGUACACAGUUGUAUUACAAAGUUAAUGACAGAUUACGUUGCAUAUUUCUCAGUGUUAUGUGAACCUUUGGCCACUGUAAUAAUUGUGUACCGCAUGAUCAGGCUCAAUGAAAUCGAUACGGUGGAAUAGAUAUGUCGUUUUUGUUAUUGACUGAUUUUGUGUUUCCUGUUGGUAGUGUUGUUGUCAUAACUUUUUACUUCUGUAUUUCCAGCAGCCUGCUAGAUGGCUAACCAGCAAACAAUAGACGGGGGCUUCGCCUGGCUUGUUCUGUUUGCCAUCUUCUGCACCACGGUUCUGUGCGGGAUGAUGGUGUACUCGCCUGGUGUACUCAACACCGCUAUUCUAGAGGAAGUAGACAAUGACCUCUUUAAGACAUCAUGGGUUGGGUCGAGCAUGCUCGCGAUCAUGGCCUUCACUGGCAAGUGCAGCUUGAUGUUGGAUACAAAUAUUUCUCCAUUAAUGUUUAUAGGUCCCGUGGCUGGCGUACUCACAAGGAUUUUAGGGUACAGAGUGUCCUGUUUUGGUGGAGGGGUAUUGAUGCUGAUUGGACUGACUGCAGCCUCUUUUGUUAAUGACGUCACUGGACUCAUCAUUACGUACAGUGUUAUUGCAGGUUUCGGCACUGGUUUAGCAUAUAACGCCUCCUUUGUCGUCCCAGGGAGCUAUUUCAUAAAGAGACGAGGUCUAGCUUAUGGUGUCACUGCGUCAGGGAUUGCGGUCGGUAUGUUUGCUACGGGUCCGCUGUGUCAAAUUCUCCUGGACGAAUACCGACUACGUGGUUGUCUGCUAAUCAUGGGCGCUAUCCUGUCAAACGUAUGUGUUGCUGCAAGUAUUCUGAGGCCUAUCUCAACCAUGAGACCAAGUACGAAAAAAGAACAUUGUGUUAUUGCACUUAAAAGAUUCAAUGAUUCCGUCGAGGACACACGCCUAGUUAGGGAUACUGAAUGUGCCGAAGAACUCUUUACCAAUAUAAAAAAUGGCCCAACCAAUGAAUCUCCAUUCAACACUGGGUCAUCACUCAACUUUAUUAGAAAUCUCGACAGAGAGCUUGUGGUAUGUAACAAUGAAGACACAAGUGUCUGCCAAGACCACCAUGAGUUCCAUGGCUCAGAUGUAGAUUCAACAGAUCCGGACACACGGUGCUGUAACUCUGAUCAGGGCAAGCAACAUUCGGCCUACUCAUUAUGUGACCCGGAAGAACCCGGGAUGAACAUAGGACGAUCCAGUAUAGGUGCAAAUACACACAGCAGUGUAUUCAGCUGUUUUGGAAGUAAAAAGAAUGUCAACAUUCACAACAAAUAUGGAUUUAUAUUCUACUGCCUGAGUUUUUUCUUCUGGUUUCUAGGAGAAGGGACGUGCUUUUUCCAUUUACCAAAUUACGCCAUAAAUAGAGGAAGCACUCAGAACGAGGCUACUAGUCUCUUUACAGCGACGGGGAUGACAAGUCUGGCAUCAAGACUCCUGACUGGGUGUGCUGUCAGCGAUCCUUCAGUUGAUCAUGUGACGCUCCACAUGGGACUUAUUGGAAUAGCAGGAGUCCUCACACUGUGUUUCCCGCUAUUCUCAAACUCUUUUCCUCUGCAGAUGAUCUUUAGCGCCGCCUAUGGGAUGUACAGUGGCGGUCCUAACACGCUUAUAAGCCCGUUGACGAUAGACCUUGUAGGCUUAGAUCAUCUGUCUGUUGCUGUUGGCAUCGAAAACUUUUGUAGUGGCAUUGCAUUUUGCAUAGGCCCUCCGCUUGCAAGUUUCAUCUAUUCAGAGACUGGGAGAUAUGAACUCACCUUUGUGUUUGCAGGAAUUGCCCUUCUGACAUCAGCAACAUUUGGUGCACUUGUGGGAAUGUCGCGCAAAAGUUCACCAGUAAAAGGACCCAAACGCAUUGCUCAUAUACAGUAAACUACGGUUAUAAGGAACACGAUUAAAACGAACUGACGGGUAUUACGAAAUUAUGUUUUUGUCCCGAUCAUUUGCUGUACAUAUGCUGUAUAUGCUUAUAACGAACUACGGUUAUAACGAACUAAAAUUAGUGGUCCCUUUAAGUUCUUUAUAUGUAAUUUAUCAUUGUUAUCCAUUUCACAAUUCCAGACAAUAAGAACUGCGAAAAUCCCCAUGACCAUUUGGUGCCUUCUACCAUUGCUUUGUCCUGAAUGUUCCCUGCGAUCUCUGAAGAAUAUAAAUAUAUUGCUGAUCAACAGUUCAUGCCAUCAUGGUAGUUUCUCUGAAUGUUGACAG